GGGCCUUCGCUCUUUUCUCGCCCUUCCCCCGCUCCUGACAUGCCAACCCAGCAGUCGGCGGCGUAGCAGCUGCGCAAAAGGUUCCAGGCUUGUUUCUCUUGCGGUGAUUCUGAAGCUUCAGGAUGGAGCUUGAGCUCAUGGAGAAUGAUAUUCUAGAGUCGCUUGAAGACCUAGGUUACAAAGGCCCAUUGUUAGAAGAUGGAGCUCUAACCCAGGCAGCUUCUGGUGGAGCCAGUGCUCCUGAAUAUACCAAACUCUGUGCUUGGCUAGUAGCAGAAUUGCGUUUAUUUUGUAAACUAGAGGAAAAUGUACAAGCGACUAACAGUCCAAGUGAAGCCGAUGAAUUCCAGCUUGAAAUGAGUGGCUUACUGGGUGAAAUGAACUGCCCUUACACAACACUAACUUCAGGAGAUGUCACCAAGCGCCUUCUCAGUCAGAAGAACUGUCUCCUGCUGCUCACAUACCUCAUCUCAGAACUGGAAGCUGCCAGAAUGCUGUGUGUGAAUGCUCCUCCAAAGAAGGCCCAGGAAGGUAGUGGCAGUGAAGUCUUUCAGGAACUGAAAGGCAUAUGUAUUGCUUUGGGCAUGUCGAAGCCUCCAGCCAACAUAACCAUGCUUCAGUUCUUCAGUGGAAUAGAAAAAAAGUUGAAAGAAACACUAGCAAAGGUUCCUGCAAGUCAUGUAGGAAAGCCUUUACUGUCAAAACCACUGGGCCCAGUUCAUUGGGAAAAAAUUGAAGCUAUUAAUCAAGCCAUAGCCAAUGAAUAUGAAGUCCGGAGGAAAUUAUUAGUGAAGCGUCUGGAUAUGACUGUCCAGUCAUUUGGCUGGUCAGAUCGAGCAAAGAGUCAAACAGAGAAAUUGGCUAAAGUCUAUCAGCCAAAGCGUGCCAUGUUAUCCACCAAAGGCACUAUAUCUGUUGCUCACCUCUUGGCAGCGCGACAAGACUUGUCAAAGAUCAUGAGGACUAGCAGUGGGUCUAUCAGAGAAAAGAGUGCAUGUGCCAUUAAUAAGGUGUUAAUGGGCCGAGUGCCUGACAGAGGUGGUAGACCCAAUGAAAUUGAACCACCACCUCCUGAGAUGCCACCAUGGCAAAAAAGGCAAGAUGGUCCUCAGCAGCAAGGUGGUGGAGGCAGAGGUGGAAGAGGUGGCUAUGAAUCAUCAUAUGGAGGUCGUGGAGGCUAUGAACAAGGAGGACAUGACAGAGGAGGCCGAGGAGGAUAUGACCAAGGAGGUUAUGAUAGAGGAAGCCGAGGAGGAUAUGACUCAUAUGGAAGUCGAGGAGGUCAUGAACAUGGGGGUCAUGAACGAGGAGGACGAGGACGUGGUGGUUAUGAACAUGGAGGCAGAGGGGGAGGAAGAGGAGGCAAACCCCAAGGAGGCUGGACUGAUGGUGGAGGAAGUGGCUAUCAAGAUGUCAACUAUAGGGAUAGCAAUUACAGAGACUCAGGCUUUCAAACUAGUGGGUACCAUGGUGGCAGUGGUGGCAAUUAUCAAGGCGGUGGCUAUGGUGGUUACCAAUCUUCAUAUUCAGGAAGUGGAUAUCAAGGUGGCAGUGGCAACUAUCAACAAGACAACAGAUAUCAAGAUGGGCACUCCGGUGAUCGAGGUGGAGGACGUGGCGGUCGAGGCGGACGUGGAGGACGUGGCGGACGUGGCGGGCAAGGAGGUGGCUGGGGAGGAAGAGGUGCACAGAACUUUAAUCAAGGGGGUCAAUUUGAGCAGCACUUCCAGCAUGGCGGUUAUCAGUACAAUCAGUCUGGAUUUGGACAAGGAAGACACUUCACAAGCUGAGGCUACAUAAGCUUCCAUUUUGUUAGAGCUCAUGUAAUAGAAGUCUGUUUAUGAUUUUCUUUUUGAAUUCAAAGCAUACUGCACAUGACUGGCUGCUUUGGGAAAACUAUCUUUGCUUUUCAACAUUUGUGAAGUUACAGACAGUCUGAUGCUUCCUAAAAUCUAAUUGCAGCCUUUCUUCUCCAGGACUCUCAGAACUCUUAAGCUGUGUUUCUGUGUGCUGGAGGAAUCUCUAAACUUGGAGUACAUGCCUGUUUAUCUCAAAAUCAGUAUGUCUUCCUUUUCUGUAUUGGCUUUUUCUUUUCCAGCCUGCUGUUCAAACCAUUUUGAAACUUACUUUUCACCUCGACUUUCUCUAACCAACAAACUCACUGCGAACUUGUACUGUAAAGCUGCAGAUGUGUGUGCAGUUAACUACACAUAAGCCCCAUUGAAGUUAAUUGGCUUUAUGCAUUCAUAACUGCACAUUAUUGCAGCCUAUUUCACUAGCCCUGUGUCUAUUAUAUGAGCUCUACAACUGACAACUUGUUCAGUAGCCUUAUCCUAUCACUCAUUGAAAACAUCACAUGUCCACACCAGAAAUCCCCACAAAAGGUCAUAUCUCAAACCAAGCUACAUUGUGAACAGAUAAUAUGUGUAGCCCUGUGCUUCAGCAUAAUUCAGACUCACUUUCAUCCCUCAAAAAAAUAGUUGAUUCCCCUGACCAGCCUAAUUUUUACUUGAAAUUAGCUAGCAGUAAUGGCAAUUUGAAACCUGUUUUAUGCACGAGUUAAUACCACUGAUCAGCAAAUGCAGGAUGACUUCAUUUUGGCAUUUAACUUAAGACAAAAUGCUCUUCCGCUGGUUUGUUACAUUUUUCCUUACUAAAGUUGCAUCAAUGCGCCUUGCCUGGAUUUUUUUUAGGUGUGUGUGUGCGUGUGCAUACGUGCGUGCGUGUGUGCGCGCACGUGCGCAGAAACAUUGUCAAGCUGUGAAAGAAAAUGGGUGAAGGUGUGCUAUUGUGUAAAAGGUAAGCAAUAAAAGUAUCUGUUCUCUUUA